AUGCGUCGACUAUUGGGGCUUAAUUCUAACAACUCCGGGCACAAUUUGAACAAGGCGGCUUUUAUCGGCGAGGUUGAGGACCCGCUGAAGCGGAUACAGGAGGAAAUCAACGAGGUGACACGCCGCGAGCAGGAGCUCCGUGAAGGUCACCGAAUGGGCGUCGAAGAACGAAACGGGCUUGACCUGAACGAUGACAGCCUUUCGUCGGGCAACUCGGAUGACUCGGGUUUAUCCCUGUCACCGACACCGGUCCACUCACCAUCGGUGUCGAACUUGAAGGACAAACUGGAGCAAAAUGGCAAAGAAGAGAAGCCACGCCGACCGUACGCCUUGCCCCAGACAAAGGCUCUGACUCGGGCCCGUUCUACGCCGCAGCUCUUCCACACGUCGACACCGCCAAGACGGUUCAACCCGAAUCCGAACCAUCGUGGCAUUAUGCAGAAGUUUAUCGCCUCUCGGGGCCGUCUCAGCAAGCUGGCGGUGGCCGGUGGUCAAACUGGACCGGCAGCAAACCUGCCGCAAGCGAUGACGAUCGCAGCCAGCACGAAAGCCGAUCCGAUCGUGCCCUCGGUUGACUUAAGUCGCUCGCAUCUGAUGAUCCUACCGACGGCUAUCUCAACGCCGCCCACCAUCGAACGUGAUUCUAACGGAAAACCGAUCCGUCGUGGCUACGUACCGGUCGAAGAGAAGAUCCAGCGUGAACUGCGUGACCUCAAGACACGUGAGUGCGAACUCAAACGGAUCCGGAAGCUCAACCGCAACGCCUCGCAAUCGGACUUACUGGAUAUGAACUACGACACAUUUGAAUCGAGCGAGGAACUGUCGGAUGAGGAUAACACGGACGAAUCGAUCUAUCCGCUAGCACGGAAGCUUCGGUCGACAAAAUCGAUCAGCGAACUAUGCGAUGCACUGACCAAUUCUAGUCUUUCGCCAAGAGAAACACCUUCACCGUUGUUUGAAAGCCGUCCUCGACUGGGCAACGGAUGCGGUGGUGGAAUGCGACCGGCCAUGUCCCUGGCCCAACUGUGCGAUCUCGACCCAGAGGAGGCUCCAUCUUCACACAAGCUGAUCGCCCAGUGGGAAAGCCUCAUCCAGCAGAAGCAGCAGCGAUAAUGGCUCAACGGCCGGGAAAGCGGAAGCGACUCAUCGCGAAGAUCAUCUCCUCCUGGAGCGGUUACUGAGGCAAGCGUGCCUGAGGCGAGGCGACUAAACGAUCCGCCCGAAAUGAAAUGUUAACUAGCUUAAUGUGAUUUUUUUCCCUGCUGCUUCUCUUCGAUCCGCGGUCCAUUCGCGAUGAAAACCCGAUGCCGAUCGUACAGAGGAUCGUUUCUGCGGUUAUU